GUGCUGCUGCUGCUGGAUUGAAGUGGUGCGAAUUGAGAGUUACUAUGUUACUAUUGAUAAGAUAACAUUGAUAAGUUAAAUAUCAAUUUAAUAAUAUUGUAAAAUAAUCCUAAGUCAUAUCAGUUAGGCUAGAGCGCUUGUUAGCGGUGAUAUUUUUUGAUGCACACGAAAUAACAUUGUUAAUAUAAGUCACUUAAUCCAUUAAUCCAGAAAUUACAAAAUAUGUCGGAAGAUACGCCCAGAGUUCUCUCAAUUCAAAGCCAUGUCGUACACGGAUACGUCGGUAACAAAAGUGCAGUUUUUCCUUUGCAAGUAUUAGGAUUUGAAGUUGAUUCUAUCAACACAGUCCAAUUCUCAACACAUACUGCAUAUAAACACAUAAAAGGCAAUGUGUUAAAAAAUGAAGAAAUGGAGGAACUCAUUGAAGGUCUGACAUUAAAUGAGGUUGACUAUUACACACACUUCAUUACUGGCUACUCGAGAUCACCAGACUCUUUAAAACAGAUUGCUGGAAUUAUCAAAAAGCUGAAACAGAAGAAUCCUAACUUAAUAUAUGCAUGCGAUCCAGUCAUGGGGGACAAUGGCAAAAUGUAUGUUCCUGAAGACAUACUGCCCGUUUACCGCGAUAUUGUGGUGCCACUAGCAGACAUCAUCACUCCCAACCAAUUUGAAGCUGAACUAAUGACUGGUCUUCGAGUAGAGGACGUGAAGGGAGCUUGCAAAGUUAUUGAAGUGUUACAUAGUAAAGGCGUUAAGACUGUAGUGCUUUCGAGCACGGAUUUGGGCGAUAGUGACAAUAUGAUUGCAAUUGCCAGCUCAAAAGGUGAAUGUUACACAAUCCAGAUCCCGAAAGUGGACGCGACGUUCACAGGCACAGGGGACCUGUUCGCCGCACUGUUCUUAGCGUGGUCGUACAAAACAGGAAACAACUUGAAGCUCACGCUCGAGAAGACGAUUGCUACGUUGCAGGCCAUUGUUAAAGACACUUAUCAGAAAGCUAGAGCCAAACACCCUACUGGCAAGGUACCCCCUGCGCUGAUAGAGCUCAGAUUGAUACAGAACAAAGCCACCAUCGAAGAUCCGCCCGUACAAAUAAACGCCAAGAAAAUGGAUUGUAGUUGUUAACAAAAUAUAAUUUAUUGUUAUCUGGAGUCCGUCUAAGCCAAGGCUCGAAAAACCGGUAAAAUGUACAAACCGUUACGUAUUUGGCGCAAAACCUUUUAAUUUCAGUUUCAUUCGUAAUACCGUUAUUUUUUUAAAGUUCUUGUUAGAUCCGGUUUAGACCAAUAUAAACCGGUUUCUUCCUAUGUCGGUGUCGGUUUACGCGGCACACCACCAGGCUGGACGGCCGUCUGUCGAAUAAACCGGUUAUUUAGGUUACAAUAAAGUUCUUAAGACGUUCGCGUUCUUAUGAAAGUUCGAACCGAAAUGAACCGGUAUUUACCGAUCUUUUUAAAACCGGUUUCGAGCAUUGGUCUAAGUCUAAGCUAGCUUUGCACCAACGUGAACAGAACAAGGUAAGUGAGUGUCAUUAUAAACGUCAUAUUUUCACAAAAAUUGAUAUUAACGAUGACAUAGCCAUACUUUGUCAUAAUGCCGUGCAGAGUUAACUUGGUCCAACUCUACAGCUUUAAGAUUGUACGAAGACACGCGUUUGACAAGAGCAAAUUAUUAAAGGCGAUUUAGCUUAUAUAUAUAUAUAUAUAUAUAUAUAUAUAUUUGCCGCUAAAAUAUGUUAGUUAUAUUUAGCUGACAAAUGCUUGCAACUAUUGACUUUGUAGUCUAGAUUGUCUAGAACUAAGUUAAACUAUUUUAUAUGCACUUCAACACAGCAAAAUUAAGUGGUGAAUGACCAAAUACUAAAUGUAGGUACGGUUACGGACUUUAAUUGUUGAACCAUUUAGGGUUCAAGCUGAUUUUGGUUGUUAAUACUAACUACGAGCGUUAACGAAAUCAAUUUAGGAAUAGAAGGUAGAUAAUCAAGUAACCAAAACGUAUGGCCUUUUACAUGUGUCGGAAAUUUAUUUAUGCGUUCAAGACUAUUGUCUUAUUGUCUGAACCCCACCUUUGCUGAAAUGUCCUGUAUCGCUUAUCGUAUUUAGAGCAAUGUGUUUUAUGCCAAUCAAUCAAUCGUCGACAUUAGAUGAAUUAUGAAUGUUAGAAAAAUGACGACGCGUAGCAAAACGUGAUAUGUUUUACUGACUUACAUAUACUGGGUAUAAAAAAAUAAUAGAUUUUACUAUGCUAAAUCAACCUGCUAACGGUUAUAGGUAAUAAAAAAGACAAUACAGGGUGACCUUAGCCAUUGGACAAACCCUGAAAUCCCACGUAGGGUUACUUCUCAGGAAUGCACUGACGUUAAUAUUUUUUUAAUUGGAACAAAAUAUAAAAAAAUAAAUUUUUCGAACAAAAGUUAUUUGCAAUAAUCGACAACAAAAAGAAACACACUGUGUUAAUCUUUGGCAGUGUUUUUGACAAUUUGUUCGAAAUAUUUGAUAAUGAUGACAUUUUUCACAAGUCAGAAGCUUAUUAGUGUCAUAAAUGUAGUCAUAAAUAAAAAAGCGGCCAAGUGCGAGUCGGACUCGCCCAUGAAGGGUUCCGUACCAUUUAUGACGUAUUAAAAAAACUACUUACUAGAUCUCGUUCAAACUAAUUUUCGGUGGAAGUUUGGAUGGUAAUGUAUAUCAUAUAUUUUUUUUAGAUUUUUCAUUCUGUUAUUUUAGAAGUUACAGGGGGGUAGGGGACAUUUUACCACUUUGGAAGUGUCUCUCGCGUAAACUAUUCAGUUUAGAAAAAAAUGAUAUUAGAAACCUCAAUAUCAUUUUUAAAGACCUAUCCAUAGAUACCCCACACGUAUGGGUUUGAUGAAAAAAGUUUUUUUGAGUUUCAGUUCAAAGUAUGGGGAACCCCCAAAAUUUAUUGUUUUUUUUAUUAUAUUUUUGUGUAAAAAUCUUAAUGCGGUUCAUAGAAUACAUCUAUUUACCAAGUUUUAACAGUAUAGCUCUUAUAGUUUCGGAAAAAAGUGGCUGUGACAUAAACGGACAGACAGACGGACAUGACGAAUCUAUAAGGGUUCCGUUUUUUGCCAUUUGGCUACGGAACCCUAAAAAGAUAAUCAAAACGGUUAAAGAAGGUUCCAUACUAUUCUUUGAGGAUAUUACCUUAGGACCUACUAACACAUACAGGCUGCUCCAAAGUAAAAAUUGGUAAUUUGUUAAUUUCUUCGAAAUCGCUACACCGGCUGUUAUGAUACUUUGUACACUGGUUCUAAAUACCCUAAUGCAUAUGUACCUUUCGGCUUUGUCCAAUGGCAAGGUACACACCGUAUAAAUCAAUUCGUGUUACUAUAAUAUCUACAAUUACUAUAAUAAUUUUAUUAUAAUUAUAAUAUUAUGAAGUUAUUUCUAAUUGUACUAGCUAAUUAUAUAGUUUUUAUUGCAACAAUGAUGAAAACUAGUUGGUCCAAGCAGUCUUCCUUAGGAACAAAUAAUUUAUAAGUAUGAAGAAUAUAUGAAUAUUGCUAAUUGAAAAUUUACGAAUGUUAUAUAUUUUUUAUUAUGUUAUGUUUGAUUAACAUUUUAUGCAGUUAUGAGUACAUUUUUAUUUUAAAUAUAAACGCUAAAUGUUAAAA